UCCCUUGUAUAUCCAUAUAAUGGAACAUACAAUUGUAUGUCGAUUACAAAAUUGCAUGCCUCACUAAUACAUACUGUAAUGCCGUUGGAUUUAUAGCUUUGAGAAUUUAAUUGAAAUACAACUUAAAUGGAAAUGAAAUAAAAACCACAUCACCAUGACAUCCAUCAGUAUUUUUAUGAUGAGCGUGGCUUUAACCUACAGUGCUCCCUUUCAAAAUAGCACGGUUUCCCUGAAUUCUACAACUAGUUCCACUUUGAAUGACUCAACAACUGCGGACAAACCUAUCCUUCGGAAUCUGGAAGACAAUACUCCAGGAAAGUGCUGCACUGAUCCGUCAAAAAAGUGUUGCCCGUACGAUUAUGAUGUGAAUAAAUGUGAAAGCAUAGACAGCAGGAAGCUGUGUGGAUAUAACAAGAAUCAGAAGAAACCUGAUAGGGUUCCAGUUCACGUUACCAAGAUGGGUCUGGAUUGUAGAAUUGUAGAGGAACGCGUUGAGUGUGGAUAUGAGAAAGGAACUGACAUUCCGAAUACGGAAUCUAAUACUAAACCUCAAUAAAUUUCGUAUCUGUAGAAAU